AUCCCUUAACCUGUUCUCGGAAAAACACACCUUAUCAGCACAUCCGAGUAAAAGCUGGUCAACCUUGAUGUACAGGCUGUUGAGAUAGUCGGUCACUCAAUUUGAAGCAUGGCUUCCAUCGAAAAACACCUUUUGGUGGCCGCCAUUGACUUCGGAACCACUUACUCGGGGUAUGCCUUCUCCUUCCUCCACGACUAUCAACGUGACCCAUUGAAGAUUUCAGCCAACAACUGGACAGCGGGUUCAGGGGGUCUUAUUUCCCUUAAGACGUCCACCUGUGUUCUCUUUAAACCAAACGGUGACUUCCACUCUUUUGGUUUUGAGGCUGAAGACAAAUAUUCCGAUCUUUCCUUAGACAGAGAACAAGAGGGAUGGUACUACUUCCGACGAUUUAAAAUGAAACUUUAUGAGAACAAGUGUUUAAACCGCUCGUUCAAGAUAGAAGAUGAUCAAGGUCACACAAUGGCGGCUAUCAAAGUGUUUACAGCAGUCAUCAAGUAUCUAAAGGAUCAAAUGCUGACGUCGUGUAAAAACCAGAUGACAGACAUCAAGGCGACAGAUAUCCUCUGGGUCCUUACUGUUCCUGCAAUCUGGUCCGACGCCUCCAAACAAUUCAUGCGAGAGGCUGCUGAGGCUGCUGGUAUCCAAGGGAAUCACCUGCUGAUUGCCCUAGAACCAGAGGCCGCAUCGAUGUACUGUAAAUACCUUCCAUUGGAAAGAAAAGGAGAGGGCGGUCUGAAAACCUUCACUGCGGGGUCAAAGUACCUUGUCCUUGACGCCGGAGGUGGAACGAUAGACAUUACCGUACACGAGGUUCAGCGGGAUGGAUCACUGAAGGAAAUACACAAGGCCAAUGGUGGAGACUGGGGAGGUACGAAGGUUGACCACGCGUUCCAAGUUCUCUUAUCCGGAAUCAUUGGUAACGGUGCAUUUCACUCCUUCAUGGAAAAGAACAAGGCAGAUAUGGUCGAAUUCUUCCGCGAUUUUGAAGUGAAAAAACGCACCAUCAAACCAAAUGCUUCAUCUGAUGAAAAGGUCACCUUCAAAGUUCCGUCCACAAUGAACGACGCAUGCAAAGAUGAGAACAGCAACGACAUUGCAACGAUUGUGAAGUCGAAACAGCAUUUUAAGGGGAACUUGUCGGUCGUUGGUGAUAAGUUAAGAGUCAGCGGAGAUCGUGCUAAAGAAUUGUUUAAGGACCCAGUUAAGCAUAUCGUAGCCCAUUUGAAGAAGUUGUUGGACGAGCCGUCUGCCAGAGGAGUGAAAAGUAUCUUGAUGGUUGGGGGAUUUUCGGAGUCCCUUGUUCUACAGGAUGCAAUCAAAAAAGGUUUCCCAAACCUCCGAAUGAUUGUGCCGCAGGAUGCAGGCCUGGCAGUUCUGAAAGGAGCGGUCAUAUUUGGGCAUGAACCAAGGGCUAUUACGUCACGUGUUUGUAAAUACACUUAUGGAGUAAACUGUACAAAAAUUUUUGAUGCCGAAAAGCAUGAUCCCUCUCAUCGAUACACCACUUCUGAUGGCCAAGUGAGAUGUAGGAACAUAUUUGAUAUCCAUGUUCGUAUUGGAGAUUGUGUGGAUAUCGGACAACCACAGACAGUUAAAAGUUACCGUCCUACUAAUCCAGACCAAACGGCCAUGUCAUUCGAAGUGUAUGUGUCCACAGAGACGGACCCCGAUUACGUGACAGAUCCAGGAUGUACUAAAAUUGGUAUUUUUAAAAUCGCCAUGCCGGACACGUCUAAGGGACUGAAAAGAUCUGUAAGUGUACAGAUGACUUUCAGUAACGCAGAGCUCGAGGUAGAAGCCGCCGACAAAGAUACCGGGGAGAAAGUCACCGCGGCAUUCGACUUUCUUUAAUGCAUAUAAACUAGCUGUGAUAUUUUUUUUAUGAUUUUGAAUAUAUACUGUGUAGUCUGAAUUCGUAUCAGUGACAUCUCAUCAGAAAAGUCAACGGGGAGCAAGACGUAACGAUAAGAUGGAGACUACUAUAAGACCACUAGAGGACUCUGACUCGCCAUAUGGUUGUUUCUUGGAGUGCUUCCAUAAGAAGGUAGCAGCCAAAUGAGUGUUAUUUGUUUAAGAAUCACUGAAAUGUUUGGAUUGUGAUAAUAUUAAAGACUAUGAAUGAACUAGAUCUAUAUAUUCAAUAACUGUAGUUAUAUAGUUCGAAAGUUUGGACAUUGUUAAUACUAGAUUGCUUUCUUUUACCGUAGCGAUACUGAAUUUAAUUAAGAAUAAAAUUUUAUGAAGAAUC